UGGCGGCCGCCGCCGCCGCCGCCGCGCAGCACUACUCCCAGCAGUUUUAUCAGCAGGAGUCGUACCUGCAUCACAACGGCGGCGGCUUCGGGCCCCCGCCGGACGGCGGCGGCGGCGGCGGGCUGCCGGGCAUGUUUGGGGCGCCCCUGCUGGGGGUCCCCAUGGGCCUGCUGCCUGGCACAGGGGCCCUGCGGGAGCAGCCCGCAGCCGGCGACGGCGGCGGUGGCGUGGGGCUGUCCUAUUAA